CCUAGCGACAUAUCAAAUCUCACAUAGAAACAAGAAGAAAGAAGGCUGGGGAGUGGGAGAUUGGAUCAAUGGCUUCGAGUGAGGUGGAAGGAUUAUCGCUUCCUACAGACGAUUACGAGACCCUGCUUUCCACCACUGACGUUGAGCUGCUCAAGAGAGCAUGGCGCAACGAGAAGGCAGCUCCUGAGAUUCUUCGUUUUGAGACCGAUUUAAUUGGCCGCAUUAGAGAACAGAUCCAAUUAAUGGAAGAAACAGUGGAGGAGAAAUCAGCUGCUGGCAUCGAUCCCCUUUCAAUAUCUCUCUAUCAGAUGGACUUGGAUAGAGCCCAGUUUUUACUUAGAUCAUACCUCCGAGUUCGCAUUCAGAAGAUUGAAAAGUUCGUGUUCCACAUUGCAAAAACUGAUGAACUGUGGAACAAGCUAUCUAAAGAAGAGAAAAAUUUCGCUAGAAGGUGUACUGAAGAUCUAAAACAGCACUUGGAGGAUAGUGUUCUAUCAAAGCUGCCAGAAAAUUAUCAAUCUUUCCAGAAGCAAUCUGUAAUAAGCGAAGAGGAUGACAUGAUCAUGAGGAGAAUUUCUUGGGAUAUAUUUGCUUUGCCACAGAAGUCUGUAUAUCGGAUAUGGUGGAAUUGGAUUCUUGCCGUUGAGAAUAAUAUUCAUAUCCCAGAAGCAAAGAAUAUCUCACAGGCAUCCAGCUUGAGGAUGGACCAGUGGAUGACAGGUCGAUGCUGUUUGAGAUGGAGCCAGGUGUGCUCUACUUCAUAUGUUACAAGUCUAUAAAGGCACUUGUGGAGAGCGGCAAAAUUGAUCUUCUCUGAUAAUUUUAUGCUCUGCGAGAUUUAUUUUAUACUGAGAUGCUUCCUGUUACUACAGAUGCCCACAUAAUACCAAAGUUUGUUAAAGCUUCAUUUUAUGUGGUCAUGUUCCUGCUCUUUAUAUGAAUGUAGGAGUAUGUGGGAUCCUUAUUGGGAUGUAUGUAUUCAUGCAUUAUUUACCAAGACCUAAAUCUUAGUCAAGAAAUAGAAUGUAAAAUUUCAAUCA